UGAUGGGUAUAUUUGGAACAGCCACACAGAAAAAAGUCCAAGUCCUUAAGAAAUUUCUAAUAUCAAGAAAGAAAGGAAAUGAUCUUCUUAGUUCCUUGUGAUUACCAAAUUUAAAUUUUUUUUAAAAAGGUCUAAUUGGAUUUGUUCUAAAAACGAACUGGGAACAUUCUAUAGAGUCAUUAAAUUCAAAGAAACCCAAAUUAGUCAAGAAAAAACCAUAGGCUAAAGCACAUGGUUUUGGGUCUCAUUUUAAGGGUUAAGUCAAAAUAUUAAAUGUAGCCCACUGAAAUACAGGUCAAGCCAAUCAGCCAUCGUAAACUUCCCUGGCCUGCCUUUUUCAUAUAAAUACUCAAAUUGCACUUUCAAUCCCCAAAUUCUGCCUAUACAAAACAAAUCCACCCUACAGUGUUUCAAGGUUUAUUUUCACAAACCACACGAAAAAAGAAAAAAAGUGUUCAUUAUGGGGCGUUGGAUGAAGCCAGAGGUGUACCCUCUAGUAGGAGCCAUGGCCUUUGUAACUAGCAUGUGUAUCUUUCAGCUUACAAGGAACGUUUUCUUAAAUCCUGCUGUCAGGAUCAACAAAUCUGAUCGUAGCCAAGCAGUGCUAGAAAACUAUGAGGAAGGAGAAAAAUAUGCAGAACAUGGGCUUCGUAAAUUCCUAAGAACACGUCCCCCUGAAGUCAUGCCAGCCAUUAACCAUUUCUUCUCUGAAGAUAAAUGAGCAGUUCAAAUGGAUUAUACCCUCUCUGGUUUACAUGAAUUUGUGUAUGAAUAACAAGAUAUCAAUCUGUAUUUUGCAUUUUUUUGGGGUUUUAUUUGGAUUGAAUAAAGAA